AUGGAGCAGCACAAUCUCACAGUGGUGAGUGAAUUCAUUCUGAUGGGCAUCACAGAUCGUCCUGAGCUUCAGGCUCCAUUAUUUGGGCUGUUCCUCAUCAUCUACAUAAGCUCAACAGUGGGCAACUUGGGCAUGAUUUUCCUCAGUAAGGUGGAUGACAGGCUGCAGACUCCAAUGUACUUUUUUCUCAGACAUCUGGCUUUCACAGAUCUUGGUUAUUCUACAGCUGUGGGGCCAAAAAUGUUGGUAAAUUUUUUUGUAGAUCAAAACACAAUCUCCUAUCAUUUUUGUGCUACCCAGCUAGCUUUCUUCCUUCUGCUAAUUGGAAGUGAACUAUUUAUUCUUUCUGCGAUGUCCUAUGACCGCUAUGUGGCCAUCUGUAACCCACUACUCUACACAGUCAUCAUGUCACAAAAAGUAUGUUGGGUACUGGUGGCAAUUCCCUAUCUCUACUGCACAUUUAUGUCUCUUCUAGUCACCAUAAAGAUUUUUACUUUGUCCUUCUGUGGCUACAAUGUCAUCAAUCAUUUCUUCUGUGACUGUACCCCCUUGUUAUCUUUGCUUUGCUCAGAUACACAUGAAAUUGAAUUGAUAAUUAUGAUGUUUGCAGCUUUUGAUUUGAUUUCUUCUCUUCUGUUCAUCCUUGUUUCCUACCUGCUAAUCCUCAUAGCUAUCCUCAGGAUGAACUCUGCAGAAGGCAGACGUAAGGCUUUCUCUACCUGUGGAUCCCACUUAACAGUGGUCAUCAUAUUUUAUGGGACCUUGAUGUUUAUGUAUGUGCAACCCAAAUCUAGCCAUUCCAUUGAUACUGAUAAAUUGUCAUCCAUAUUUUAUACCUUGAUUAUUCCAAUGUUGAAUCCUAUGAUUUAUAGUCUGAGGAACAAAGAUGUAAAAUAUGCAAUACAAAGGACAUGGAAAAAAGUAGGCAAUGUCUUCUCUUAA